UGCCCCUUCCGCUCCCUGGGGCGGGGAUAGAGCGAUUUCCGCCCUGAGCCCGGAAGCGGCGUGGAGAGGGAGGUGAGGGGUGUGCCUCUGGUUUCCAGUCCUUACCCGGCUCUGCCAGGAUCCUGAGAUCCCUACCCAUCCCCAGAUCUCAUCUCCAGCUGCCAAUCACUGCAGAUUCGGAACCCAGGACCAGACCGGGUUUGCCUUCCGCUCUGUCUCCCCCAGGACAGAUCAGGGUCCAGGCGAGGGUUUUGCGCGACCUUGUGGCCUCUUCCUUCCCACCCGUCCUCCCGGCUCCUUCGCCGCUCCAGCCAUGGCACAGAAACCGAAGGUAGACCCCCACGUCGGGCGGCUAGGGUACCUGCAGGCGCUGGUCAAUGAGUUCCAGGAGACCGAGAGCCAAGAUGCCAAGGAACAAGUCCUCGCCAACCUCGCCAACUUCGCCUAUGACCCGGGCAACUACGAGUAUCUGCGGCAGCUGCAAGUCCUAGACCUAUUCCUCGAUUCGCUGUCAGAAGAGAACGAAACGCUAGUGAAAUUUGCUGUUGGGGGCCUCUGCAACCUGUCCCCGGACAAGGCCAACAAGGAGCACAUUCUGCAGGCCGGAGGCAUCCCGCUCAUCACCAACUGCCUGUCCAGUCCCAAUGAGGAGACGGUGUUAUCUGCAGUCACCACACUCAUGUACCUAAGCUCACCCGGCACAGGCUCCCAUCCCGAGCUCACCUCCUUGCCCCUGGUCCAAUGCAUGCUGCGCUUUUCUCUCUCAGCCAAUAUACGGCUCCGGAACCUGGCCCAGAUCUUCCUAGAGGACUUCUGCUCCCCAAGCCAGGUGGCUGAGGCACGUAGCCAGCAGGCCCAUUCUGCCCUGGGUAUCCCACUGCCAAAGACCGAGGCCCCACAGCAGCCCUGAUCCAAGGAGACCCCAGGACUAUGCCACUUUCUGCCUGAGAACAGUCCUGGCAUAGGAAGCAGAGACCAAUAGCCGUCCAUCCAGCCCACGUGAUGCCUGUUCGGCUGUAUGCAAGAUACAAUUUCUGAGCAUGACAGAUGUUUACAGCUAGGAAAACCAGUAGGAAGGAAUGAAGAAGCCAGACUGGAGAUGCUUAAAGGAGAAAAACAAAGCUGGUGUUACUUUCAUGGGCUGGCGCUCCCAAAGUGCAGACAGAAGACCACCUGGUGCCCCCGCGGGUGGGUGCCCCCGCGGUACUCAAGAGCAGCUGCUAGAACCAGGACUCAGGAGAGUGGCCAGUAACACGAGUGCCCAGAGGAACUUUGAUGGCUAGAGAUGCUGUGGGGUGACUCCACCAGUACCGAGGCUGGGCAUUUGGGCACAGUAGACACUGACUUGAGUAGCUCUGCAGCCCAGAAACAACUGUCCACACAGCCCUGCCUUCUGCUAGGCACCAUGUGAGGAACACAGAUGAGGUCUCUGUCCUUGGGUGUCACACCUCAGUGACUGUUAACCAGGUGGCCAUCGGGCAUUAGGAGCAAGGCCCUCCAGGAGUUAAGAGCAGAAUGAAGACAGGACAGCUAAGCGUCCCUCUGGAGAGGCCCUACAUAGGGUCCUGGGACACAGAUGGAAAGACAGUGACUUCAGCUCCCCUGUGACCAGGCUGUGGACCCCUCAUGUACCAACUGCCAACUGUGGCAUCCCUGUCCCUUCAAAAAAGCUGCUCUGGGGCUGGGGAGAUGGCUCAGUGGUUAAGAGCACUGACUGCUCUUCCAGAGGACCCGGGUUCAAUUCCCAGCAACCACAUGGCAGCUCACAACUGUCUGUAAUUCUACUUCCAGGAGACCCAACACUCAUGGCAAAACACCAACGUACAUAAAAAAUAAAUAUUUAAAAAAAAAAAAAAAGCUGCUCUGCCCCCUCUGCCUGUGACCGGAUCUUCUGACACUGGGGUGGGAGCCCUGCAUACGAACCCUUCAUGGCUGGGAUGGGAGCCUACCCAGAUCUUCUACCUGCCGUUGUCCCAUGAGCCACCAGGAGGAUCCACAAGGACUCAGAUGCCAGAGAGCACAGUGGCUCAAACCUGUAAUCCUAUCACUUGAGAAACAGAGGCAGGAGGAUAGUCAUGAGUUUGAGACCAGCCUCCCCCUAGUGAGUUCCUGGGCAACUUGGGCUAUGGAGUAAGAUCCUGUCCCAAAAGGAAGAAACAGGUGUCUGAAGGACACCAAGAGUCUGUAACUGGUGACUCCCUCCCUCCUGUGCCAGCGAAAAGAAAAAAGUGAAAUUAAAGGGGAAAGAAGCAAAAAGAGGGUAGACCUGGAGAGGUUGGGGUUCAGGAGAAAUGGGGGAGCUUCUGCUCUCUCAGCACUGGCCCCCUUAGAUGAGAAACGAGAAGCUGUGUUACAGGAAGGCCAUCCGCAAGGGUGUGGGAAUGAAGCUGUGGGUGCGGCCACUGCAGGAAGAGAGGAAGAAGACUAUCAGUCAUGGUUCUCUGCCCACCCCAGCCCGGCACAGACCCUUGCCUUUUCUGAGAGAAGGUCUUCAAAGAACAGAUGCCUUGCUUUUGAUUUUUAUUUUUAUUAAAAUCCUCCUAACUGA